CGGUCUCUGCCAUCGGCUCGUCCCGCACCUCGUCUCCUCCCUCCUUCGCUUCCGACUCGAUUGCUCGUUGUCGUCUCGCCGUCGUGUGUCAGAACGGUCCCGUAAACCAGCCAGCACAACCAGCGACACCCCCCCCGUCCGGCUCCCUGACUUGCAUCCGCAAUUGCCCACCGACGUGAACCCAACUACCCCGCACUCCCAACCCGCAAGCAUGGCUGAAUUCGACCUUACCUCCAAGAUCGGACAGUACUUGGAUCGACACAUGGUCAUCCCUUUGCUGGAGUUCAUCACCCACAAAAACCUCUAUGACGAAAAGGACCUACUGGAGGCCAAGUACGAUCUGUUGAGCAAAACCAACAUGAUUGAUUUUGCCAACAGCAUUUACCAGUCGCUGCACGAGACCGAAGAUAACGCCCCGGAUUACGACGAAAAGCGUGACCAGGUUCUCCAGCAGCUCGAGAACCUGCAAGAUGAAAGCGACGAGAUCAUGACGAUCCUCCAGGAUCCCACCGUUAUUCAGCAGCUGAAGCAAGACAAGCUGGCGAACGUGCAGUUCCUGAAGGAGAACUUCAAUUUCAAGCCAGAGAUGCUUACUGUGCUGUACAGAUUCGCCAUGUUCCAGUUUGCCGUCGGAAACUAUAGCGGCACCGCCGAGAUGCUGUACCAUUUCCGAAUCUUGUCGACGGACCCCGAGCUCAACCUCAGCGCUCUUUGGGGCAAGCUCGCCUCGGAGAUUCUGACCCAGAACUGGGAGACUGCCCUGGAUGACCUUCAGAAGCUCAAGGAAGCCGUGGAGCAGUCCAAUGUUGCCGAUGUCGUCCAGCUUCAGCACCGAUCCUGGCUCAUCCAUUGGUCUCUGUUUGUGUUCUUCAACCACCCCAAAGGCCGCGACGCCAUCAUCGACCUGUUCUUCCUGCCCCAGUACAUCAACACCAUCCAGACCUCGUGUCCCUGGAUCCUCCGAUAUCUCGCUACGGCCGUGGUGACGAACAAGAAGCGCCGAAGCUACCUCAAGGACCUUGUCAAGAUCAUUCAGCAAGAGUCUCACAUCUACCGGGACCCCAUCACCGAGUUUAUCGAGUGUCUGUACGUCAACUUUGACUUUGACGGAGCCCAGCAGAAACUCAAGGCCUGUGACGACGUCCUGGACAACGACUUUUUCCUUGUCGCCACCCGCGAGGACUUUAUCGAGAACGCCCGCCUCUUCAUCUUUGAGACCUAUUGCCGCAUCCACCAGCGAAUUGACAUCAAGGGUCUGAGCCAGAAGCUCAACAUGGGCGAGGACGAGGGCGAGAAGUGGAUCGUCAACUUGAUCCGAAACGCUCGCAUGGAUGCCAAGAUCGACUCCAAGAUGAACACCGUUGUUAUGGGAACCCAUAACUCGUCCAUCUACCAGCAGGUCAUCGAGCGGACCCGCCCCCUGGCCUUCCGUGCCUCGCUUUUGGCUUCCAACAUUGAGAAGCGCGAAGCUGAGCUCGCCGAUAAGCGCGCCAACCCCAAAGCAACCGAAGCUGCCCCCGAGGUUGCUGCCAACUAAGUAUGCAUGCGUAUGCUCGCGGUACCGAUCGGCAACAGACAGCAACAGCCGCGCCUGGUCUCCAUCAUCCAAGCGAUGCGAGCCCCGACCACGUUUGACUGCCGACGCGAUGAUAAUUUUGUAGAUAUGUACUGUCUAUUCACAGCGGUCGCAAAAAAUGAAACAGAGCCAUCUGUUUUUGGGGACGUUGGUGGCGUUUUUCUGGAUCACGAAUAUACACAUGUUCAUCCACGCA